AUGGAUCCAGACGCGUUGGCAAAGGCAUUCGUCGAGCACUACUACACCACCUUCGACACCAACCGUCCCGGUCUCGCCUCUCUCUACCAGGAAAGCUCCAUGCUCACCUUCGAAGGUCAGAAGAUUCAGGGCUCUCAGAACAUCGUUGCCAAACUCACUUCUCUCCCUUUCCAGCAGUGUCAUCACUCCAUCACAACCGUUGAUUGUCAGCCGUCUGGGGCUAACGGUGGUAUGCUUGUUUUCGUUAGCGGGAAUCUCCAGCUCGCCGGCGAACAGCAUGCUCUUAAGUUCAGCCAGAUGUUCCAUUUGAUACCAACACCGCAAGGAAGCUAUUAUGUUUUGAAUGACGUAUUCCGGUUGAACUAUGCAUGA